GUGAUGAAGAACUGGGGCGUUAUCGGGGGGGUGGCGGCUGCCGUGGCGGCGGGGAUGUACGUGCUGUGGGGUCCCAUCACCGAGAGGAAGCGGCGGAGGAAAGGGCUCGUACCCGGCCUUCUCAACUUAGGCAACACGUGUUUCAUGAACUCUCUGCUGCAAGGCUUGUCUUCCUGUCCGUCCUUCAUCAAGUGGCUGGAGGAAUUUACAGCACAAUACAAGACAGACCAGAACCAGCCUACUAAGCAUCAAUACUUGUCGGUCACUUUGCUGCAUCUCCUGAGAGCUUUAUCCUGUCAAGAGGUAACAGAAGAUGAUGUCCUGGACGCAAGCUGCCUGUUAGAAGUUUUAAGAAUGUACAGGUGGCAGAUCUCAUCAUUUGAAGAGCAGGAUGCUCAUGAGCUAUUUCAUGUCCUUACCUCUUCAUUAGAAGAUGAACGGGAUCGUCAGCCACGGGUGACACAUUUGUUCGAUGUGCAUUCGCUGGAGCAGCCAGAAAUAACCCAAAAGCAAAUAAGCUGCAGAACAAGAGGGUCUCUUCCCCCUGUGUCAAAUCACUGGAAAUCUCAGCAUCCUUUUCACGGAAGGCUGACCAGCAACAUGGUUUGCAAACACUGCGAACACCAGAGUCCUGUGAGGUAUGAUACCUUUGACAGUCUCUCGCUGAGUAUUCCGGCAGCUGUGUGGGGUCGUCCCAUGACGCUGGACCACUGCCUCCAUCACUUCAUCUCCUCUGAAUCUGUAAAGGAUGUUGUGUGUGACAACUGCACUAAAAUUCAGGCAGAAGGGACUCUGAACGGACAGAGCAUAGAAAACCAGAGAACAACAUUUUUUAAGCAACUAAAGUUAGGAAAGCUCCCCCAGUGUUUGUGUAUCCAUCUGCAAAGACUGAGCUGGUCAAACCAAGGCACUCCUCUGAAACGUCACGAACACGUGCAGUUCAAUGAGUUCCUGAUUAUGGACAUCUACAAAUACCGCAUUCCUGUUCAUAAAUCAAAUCAGAAUGAGCUGAAUCAGAAAAACUCCGAAGAGACAACACCUGGGACAAAGGAUGGGAUAGCAGUAAAACCUUCAGAUGCCGAACAGCCAUCUGGUACUAAACCAUUCUUCAUGAAUGGUGCCUGCUCCUCUUCAUUUUUAAUGUCCUCAGGAACGUUUCCACUUGCUGCGUUCCCUGAAUGCAGUUCCCCUGUAUACCUUUACCGUCUGAUGGCAGUUGUCGUUCAUCAUGGAGACAUGCAUUCUGGACACUUUGUGACUUACCGCCGCUCUCCACCUUCUCCCAAGAACCCCCUCUCUGUCAGCAGUCAGUGGCUGUGGAUUUCAGAUGACACUGUUCGCAGAGCCAGUUUGCAAGAAGUCCUUUCGUCUAGCGCUUACUUGCUUUUUUAUGAGCGUGUUCACUCGAGGGUACAGCACCAAAGCUUGGAGUUGAGGGCUGAAGAGUGAUUAAGAGAGCAGAAGGACAAAAACUGACAAAAUUCCUCUAAUGCGAUCGACGUUGCACCUCCUGUCUGUUAUGCAAAUAACCCACCACAGGCCCUUUAACUUUCCCCUCCCUCUAUGGCAAUGGCUGGCUCCUGCUGGGAGUUGUGUUUUGUACCAAAAUUACGCUACCCAAAGUUGGUCUGCUAACCUUGUGCAGUCCAAAGUGUAUCUGUAUUAGAGAAGCAUUUAUUCUGUUAGGUAGUAAUUUUGUCAACAUCACAGCUCUGAAACAGACAUUUCAAACAGACUUCCCAAGGCUGUAUUCCAUAUUCUGACACAUAUGUA